GCGGACCUGGAGACCUAGUGCACCGUGGUAGCGUCGCUCUCUGUCGUUCCUCUCGCGCCGAGCCCGAGUGGCUCAGGCCGCGGUCGCACGCAGGGCCACGUGUCCACAGAGAAGGACCCACGGCACUGACAGGAUGAACCGCACCGCCUACACUGUGGGAGCUUUGCUUCUCCUCUUGGGGACCCUACUACCGGCAGCUGAAGGGAAAAAGAAAGGGUCCCAAGGAGCCAUCCCACCUCCAGACAAGGCUCAGCACAAUGACUCUGAGCAGACCCAGUCCCCGCCACAGCCUGGCUCCAGGACCCGGGGGCGGGGCCAGGGGCGAGGCACCGCCAUGCCUGGAGAGGAGGUGCUGGAGUCCAGCCAGGAGGCCCUGCACGUGACAGAGCGCAAGUACCUGAAGCGAGAUUGGUGCAAAACUCAGCCCCUGAAGCAGACCAUCCAUGAGGAGGGCUGCAACAGCCGCACUAUCAUCAACCGCUUCUGCUAUGGCCAGUGCAAUUCCUUCUAUAUCCCCAGGCACAUCAGGAAGGAGGAAGGCUCCUUUCAGUCUUGCUCCUUCUGCAAGCCCAAGAAGUUCACCACUAUGAUGGUCACGCUCAACUGUCCUGAGCUACAGCCACCCACCAAGAAGAAGCGGGUGACACGUGUGAAGCAGUGUCGUUGCAUAUCCAUCGAUUUGGAUUAAACCAAAGCAGGCACAUCCAGCCUGUCAUAGCCAUGCUGAGAGCCACACCUAAACCACCCGAUUCCUACUUGGCUUAAACCUAGAGGUCAGAAGAACCAGCAGUUGCUUCCUGGCUGGAGGCUGCUUAUGCAUAGUGUAUGCGCGUGAGUGUGCAUGGGUGUUGUGUGUGUGUUUCCAAACACCAGCGGAAACAGCCUCUGCUAGAAGGCACUUCCUGUUACUCUGCUUCAGAUGGUCGGAAACGCCCACACCACCGGACCCAACACCCACAGGGGCAUGGCUGUAGUUGGCUUUCCCUUUGUGUUCCAUGCGCCCUCCUGGGGACCAGGACUUCACUUGAGAAUGAAUAUUAAAGGAAGAGAUAAUUCCGAGGGCUGCAUCAGAACUAGGACCAUUCAGUGCUUACCCUUUACUCCCAUGACCCAUUCCUUUCUUUGCUCUCCCUGACAUCUUAGUCUUAGCCCACGUCCCUAAAUUAAUUCUUUGACCAUGGGUGUAAAUGUUUUCCAUCUUGUGAAGAACCUCCAGAAUGUGGGAAGACGUGUGUUGGAGGACAAACAGGGGAUUGACACAGGAGCGUUGAGGCUGACGACCAGUCUGUGACAAUGAAAUUCGAUAUUAAGAUGUCCAGAAUUUGAAAGUUGUUCUCCAAAAAUGUGUGCGUCUUGCUUCUGUGAAAGGGUUUUCCUGAUAUUUAAAAGUACCCAGAUGCAUGGAGGUGAAAUAUAAUCACACACACACACACACACACACACACACACACACACACACACACACCCCAAUUUUCUGUGUCUGCCUCUGUAACCUACUGAUGCUCUCUGUAACCCAAAGUUAAAAGUGAAGUAUUGACCACUCCUGUUUUAAGAACCAAGAGAGUGAAACAGAAAGAAACACGGCCUCCUACUUUACUUUGCCUCUCAAGGGGACAAUUGAGAGUCUUGUACACUGG